GUUGAGAUAGAACAGUUGUAUACAGAUUCAAACAAGUAUUUGAAUUAUUAACAGUAUAAAAACAAUUAGAAGUAUUGAUCUUAACCGUGUUUUUACAGAUAAAUUGUGUCGCGAAUACUUAAAGUGUGUGUUCCUUAUUAACAAGGAUUAGGUGUUCAAAAAAUCUGUUAUCAGGACAAUCAUGACAUCUACCUUAUCAGUGCGGGAUCGAGCCUCGCCAAGUGACGUCGUUUGAGUCGAUAAUAAAAAGUUAAUCUAAAACCAGAAUAAAAUUCAGUGCGUAACGGGAUCGCCUAUCGAUAACAUUCGAUCGGUAAAUCGUUCGCAUCCCUAGAGCUUCCAAAUUUCGAACGAGUACUUCGAAAUUUGAUUUUAAAAUAUUUAAAUUCGCGCCGCGUCCGUUACGUGGAAACGUUUUUCGAAUUUUGUAACCGCUGUGUAAGUAAGUGGACAGACAGUACAGAAGUCAGUAAACAAAAUGGCGAGUACCGGCGGUGAAAUUUGGCUUCAGUGGUUCGCGUGCUGCUACCAACCCGCGGCUCAGGCGCAACGAACCCGACGGAGAAUAGACAGGUCCAUGAUCGGCGCGCCCACGAACUUUCAACACACGGGCCACAUAGGGUCAACGGAUGUCGACAUUCCGGCGUCGCUUCUCCACUCUAUGCAGAACCAGAUGCAGAGUAAAGGUGGAUACGAAAUGGCGUACGGCGUCAAGGUUUACUGAUGCCCAUCGCACCAUCAAGGACCAUAGUGACAAAACAGAGUCGAGAGUGGCAGAAGGACGGUGUGUCUUAUUAUGAUCUAAUUAAACGUAUUUAUUUUAAGUUUAGUUUAACCUCUUGUUGUGUAUAUGUAUAGGAAGACCAUAAAAAAAAUCUAAACGAAAUUGUAACGUUACCUAUAUUAUUAUUAUAUUUGUU